AUGUCUGGCCUCAUCUCUUCCACCAUCGACUCGAUCCGCGGCACGGGCAAGAGCAAGCUCCUGCGCAAGAGCCCCGACGAUGUCGUCAUCACCAUGGCUGCUCGCACGCCCAUGCAGCGCGCACGCAAGGGCGGCUUCAAGGACAUGAGCGUCCAGGAGCUUCUCAUUGCCUUCUUCAAGACGGCCAUUCCCGAGAUGAAGAUCGACCCGGCCCUCAUUGGCGACAUCACCGUCGGCACCGUCCUUCCGCCCAAGGCGCCCUACGACGCUCGUGCGGCAGCUCUCGCGGCCGGCAUCCCCGACACGGUCCCCCUCCAGAUCAUCAACCGCUUCUGCUCGUCGGGCCUCAUGGCCGUCUCGCACGUCGCUGGCCAGAUCCGCAACGGCGAGAUCGACAUUGGCUUCGCCGUCGGCUUCGAGAGCAUGAGCGCGACGUGCGGUGCCGACAACUUUGCCGAGGAGGUUCUCAACCACCCGGUCGCCAAGGACACGCAGUACCCGAUGGGCUGGACGUCCGAGAACGUCUCCAAGGACUUCAACAUCUCGCGCGAGCGCAUGGACGAGCUCGCCGCCAUCUCGCAGCAGCGUGCGGCCCAGGCCCAGUCGUCGGGCCUGUUCGACAAGGAGAUCCUCCCGAUCGAGUCGCUCCAGCUCCCGUCGACGCCCGCACCCGCCGGCGGCCCGACGCCGCAGCGCACCAAGGUCCUCGUCACCAAGGACGACGGCAUCCGCCCGGGCACGACCAAGGAGGCGCUCGGCAAGAUCCGCAAGGCUUUCCCGCAGUGGGGCAACGGCACGACGACGGGCGGCAACGCGAGCCAGAUCACGGACGGCGUCGCCGGCGUCCUCCUCAUGACGCGCCGCCGCGCCGAGGAGCUCGGGCUCGAGAUCCUCGGCAAGCACGUCGCGACGUCGGUUGCUGGUCUCCCGCCGCGCAUCAUGGGUAUCGGCCCCACCGUCGCCAUCCCCAAGGUGCUCGAGCGCUGCGGCAUCUCGAAGGACGACGUCGACCUGUGGGAGGUCAACGAGGCGUUCGCGAGCAUGCUCGCGUACUGCAUCGACACGUUCGGCCUCCCGCACGACAAGGUCAACGUCAAGGGUGGCGCCAUUGCUCUCGGCCACCCUCUCGGCUGCACCGGUGCCCGCCAGGUCGCGACCGGCCUGCACGAGAUCCGCCGCCGUGGUGGCAAGAUCCUCGUCACGUCCAUGUGCAUCGGCCUCGGCAUGGGCGCCGCAGCCGUCUUUGUCGCCGAGUAG